GUCUCGGUUUUCGCGGUGUCGGUGGACGAGACGCGGGGGCCAUUUUGUGAAGAGACGGCGACGGGGACGGAGAAGUAUUAGAAGCGGUUGAAGAGGCCGUCUGGAGCAGCAGUCCGUUUCUUUAUCGCUGUCGGAUCGGGGAGGCGGAGAUCCAGAAUCCAACCUUUUUUCCCUCUCCCCACCGGUGAGAUUUUUUUGAUCUUCAGCUACACUUGUGGCUGUUUGACCCUUGCCAUCAAACACCAUGGCCAGCAAUGUCACCAACAAGACUGAUCCCCGUUCCAUGAACUCCCGUGUCUUCAUUGGGAAUCUCAACACUCUGGUUGUUAAGAAGACUGAUGUUGAGGCCAUCUUCUCAAAGUAUGGCAAGAUCGUGGGCUGCUCUGUUCAUAAGGGUUUUGCCUUUGUUCAGUAUGUUAAUGAACGAAAUGCCCGUGCUGCUGUGGCAGGAGAGGAUGGUAGAAUGAUUGCUGGCCAGGUACUAGAUAUUAAUCUGGCCGCAGAGCCAAAAGUGAACCGAGGAAAAGCAGGUGUGAAGCGUUCUGCAGCGGAGAUGUACGGCUCUUCCUUUGAUCUGGAUUAUGAUUUUCAACGAGAUUAUUAUGACAGGAUGUACAGCUACCCAGCACGUGUACCACCUCCUCCUCCUAUUGCUCGUGCUGUGGUGCCCUCAAAACGCCAACGUGUGUCAGGAAACACUUCCCGCAGAGGCAAAAGUGGCUUUAAUUCUAAAAGUGGACAGAGGGGCUCUUCAUCCAAAUCUGGCAAAUUGAAAGGUGAUGAUCUUCAGACAAUUAAGAAGGAGUUGACCCAGAUAAAACAGAAAGUGGAUUCUUUAUUGGAGAGCCUGGAAAAAAUUGAGAAAGAACAAAGCAAACAAACAGAGAUGAAGAAUGAUAAGUCAGAAGAGGAGCAGAGCAGCAGCUCCCUGAAGAAAGAUGAGACUAAUGUGAAGAUGGAGUCUGAGGGGGGUGCAGAUGACUCUGCUGAGGAGGGGGACCUACUGGAUGAUGACGAUAAUGAAGAUCGGGGGGAUGACCAGCUGGAGUUGAUCAAGGAUGAUGAAAAAGAAGCUGAAGAAGGAGAGGAUGACAGAGACAUGGCCAAUGGCGAGGACGACUCUUAAGCACAUUUUGGGGUUUUAGAAAUCUCCCAUUGUUUCUUGUACCUAGGGCGCUUGUCUUUGAUCAAACUUCUCAUCAAGAUUCUCUCCCUUAGUAUCUUCCAGCACAUGUUCAACUGUUGUACCCAACUUUAUCCUUCCCAUGUUCAUUAAUUCUGCCCAGCGCCUAGUCAUUCCUUUUCCCACUUCAAUUCUCCUAGUAGUUAUAUUAAGUCUCCUGUAAUUUUACUCUUUUAAUUUUGAUACCUCUUUAUGACUUAACAAUAAAAAGGAUUGUAUGGUUUUUAUCAGCUGUCUCCAAAGGAAUCUCUUGUUAUGCAGGGAGUAAGCACAGUUCUCUGUUCAAUCCAAACAUGAGACUGGUAGCUACUUCCAAAAGUGAAAAGGCAAUCUCAUUUAAUUCAGUUCCUUGUACCUGAGAACUUUUGAGUGUCUUCUCUUCUAUCUAGGAUUACAAUGUGGGGCUACAAAAAUGUAACAAAUCUUUUUGUUUUGUUUGUUUUUUGUUUUGUGAAUGACAGUUGUCAGUAGAAAUGCAUAAAGAGGUACAUUCAGAAGAGGAAUUAGUGUGUGCUUA